AUGAACACUGACUUCCAUAAAUUAUUAUCAUUUAUAAUAGCUAUACUACAAACUGCUAUAUUUCGUUACGGAAACAGUUGUAUGGUUGAUUAUUGCGCUGAUAUCUAUUCAGAACGAUUAGAUGAAGGUGGCAUUCUUAUUGGUAUGAAUGCGCCUUAUUGUCAGAUAAUAACUGAUUAUAUUUACUGCUUGAGCGAAACAAAUCGCACAUGUCGCGGCAAUCUCAAAUAUCACACAUUGCAAACUUUGCUUCAUCGACAACGUCGUGAAUUUUCCUGUAAUUCAUUCCCGGAAGCGAUGAGACCCAGUAAUUAUGUUCCUAUCGGAUGUGCAUUUCCGACUGAUAGUGCUCCUCAUGUAAUACAACGUUACUGUGGGCUUUUUGGAUCACGACAUUUGCGCACACUAAAUGGGCAUUUUGAAACAUGUGCUCGUAAUGGUGCUUAUCCAUUAAUAAAUAACAAACAUUUAUUAAUACAAAUUACCCAUUCGUUUGUCGCGAGUGGUACCACUGCUGUUUCUAAGGUUACUGUAAUUAUAAAAGAAAAUAACCGUUGCACAACACGUAAACAAUAUGAAGCAGGGUCAGAUGAUGAGCAAUUACCUAAUUCAUUUACGGAUGGUAGCAGAUUUGUUGGUAAUUCAGGACGGAAAGCAGUUGAAAUUAAAUCAAACACAAAUCAAACACAUGUUGAAAUUAUAUUACGUUAUUUAGCAACAAUAAUUUAUAUUCGACGACAUGGCGUAUAUUUAUCGGUUGCUUUAAGGAUACCAGAACGAAUAGUGCAGGAACAAACCGAUAAUGAAUUUGAUAUUUGUACAUCAGUUCGGAUAAAAAUACCUCUAAAAAUUGCAAUUGAACGAUGCAAACAUGCUAAUGUAACAGAUGCAUUUUUUGAUGCAUGCGUAUUUGAUUUUUUAAUUAGUGGCGAUGAAAUGUUUAUUGCGCAAAUUAUUGAUGCACAAGAUGAUAUCAUCGAUUUAUUUUCACCCUAUAUGCAUCAUUAUUUUACGGGUAGGCAGAAUUUAACUUUGUAUGAUUCAAAAGCUGGCUAUAAAUGGAAACAAUGUAUUCGACAAUCUUCCGUUAUUCAUUCCGAACAAAUAUCCGGUUCAAUUAAUCUACAGCAGCGAUACAGUAGUAUUAAUGAAUUAGGUAUAUUCUACUACCAACGAAGUUUCAGUUUUAUUGGUUUUUAA